AUGGUUGAAUCGUACAAGAAGCGCCGUCUUUCGGGCGCAGACACCACCCAAGACGCUGAAGUCAAAAUUGAAGACACCACAACCGCCACCGAUGUCCCAGCACAAUCUCAAGCCAGGCGGACUCUGUUCGUCCGCUCACUACCCACCUCGGCCACUACAGAGAGCCUCGCCGAACACUUCUCGCAGUCCUACGUGAUUAAGCAUGCCGUCGUGGUCAGCGAUCCCAAGACCAAGGUCUCCAAGGGCUUCGGUUUCGUCACAUUUGCCGAUCUCGAGGAUGCAGAAAGCGCAUUGAAGGAAUUGGACAGAUCCAAGUUUGAUGGAAAGAUUAUUCGUGUUGACUACGCCGAGUCCCGUAAGCGUGAGAUUGAUGAGAAGGUUGGCCGUAGUGUUCCUACCGCUGCCUCCCUCGAGUCGAAGCAGAAGCGCGAGGAGGAGAGAGGACAAGGUGCACCGCCUAAGCUGAUUGUUCGCAACUUGCCAUGGACUAUCAAGGAGCCCGAGGAUCUCUCCGCUUUGUUCCGCAGCUUCGGAAAGGUCAAGCACGCCACUCUUCCCAAGAAGAACGGCAAGCUUGCCGGUUUCGGUUUCGUUGUUCUCCGCGGCAAGAAGAACGCCGAGAAGGCGCUGCAGAACGUCAACGGGAAGGAGAUUGAUGGUCGUACAUUGGCUGUCGAUUGGGCUGUCGAGAAGGAGGUCUGGGAGACUACCAACAAGAAGGAGGACGAGGAGGAAGAACCCAAGGAAGAGAAGGAGGAUGUUGAGAUGGAGGAUGCCGAUGGUCACUUGGAGGAGCUGUCAGACGACGAGACUUCCUCUGACGGAUCAGAUGAUGAUGAGGAGGACAACGACUUGGAUGAGUUGGACGAAUUGGACGAAGAUGCGGAAGACAAGGACGACGACCGCAAUAACUCUACAAUCUUCCUUCGAAACCUGCCCUUCACCGCUACAGACGAUUCUCUCUACGAACACUUCGCCGCCCAAUUCGGACCUUUACGAUAUGCACGUGUGGUGCUGGACCACGAGACCGAGCGCCCUCGCGGCACUGGCUUCGUCCCCCGAGGAAACGAUGUUAUGGCCCCGAACAAGGACAAGCCAAAGUCCAACACCGCCAUGAAGCACUCACUCCUCCAGGACGAGAACAACGACCCCAGCGGACGCUACACUCUCGAAGGCCGAGUCCUCCAGGUCGCCCGUGCCGUCAGCAAGGGCCAAGCCGCAAAGCUGGAAGAGGAGGGUGUAUCUCGCCGUCUGGUCCGCGACACAGACAAGCGCCGCCUGUACCUGCUUGGCGAAGGUACCAUCGCCACCAACUCCCCCCUGUACAAGAAGCUCUCCCCCUCCGAAGUCAAGAUGCGCGAGGAAAGCUUCAAGCAGCGUGAAACCUUCAUCAAGAAGAACCCCGCCCUCCACCUCAGUCUUACCCGUCUCGCCAUCCGUAACAUUCCCCGUCACAUCAACUCCAAGGACUUGAAGCAGCUUGCUCGUGAGUCCGUCGUCAACUUCGCCAAGGACGUCAAGAAGGGCGUUCGCCAGCCCCUCUCAAGAGAGGAGCAGCAGCGCUCCCGCGACACCAUGAAGGAACUCGAGCAGCUGCGCAAGCAGAAGAAGAUGGGUAUCGUGCGCCAGGCGAAGGUCGUCUUCGAAACCCGCGAGGGUACCAAGGUCUCGGAGAAGACCGGCGGUGGUCGCAGUCGUGGAUAUGGAUUCAUCGAGUACUUCACUCACCGACACGCGCUCAUGGGUCUGCGUUGGUUGAACUGUCACGCUCUGCAGGUGCCUGAGUCCGCGCAGAACGAGGACAAGGACAAGAAGAAGCGUCUUGUUGUCGAGUUCGCCAUUGAGAACGCGCAGGUCGUCAAGCGCCGCAAUGAGCUGCAGGCUAAGUCCCGCGAGCCCAAGCCUAGGAAGUUCGAUGACGCCGACGAAGGAAAGGACUCCGACAAGAACGGAAAGAAGAGGAAGCGCUCUGACAGCCGCGGCAAGGAAAAGGAUGGCAAGGGUGGAAAGGGCGCACAGGACGACGACGACAAGGAAGACGAAGAGGAGAACAAGAUCGCCAAGCGCAACCGCAUCAUCUCGAAGAAGCGCAUGCAACGCAAGUCCCGUAAGGGGAAAUGA